GUACCUUAUGUCCCACGAAGCUCUGCGCGUAGUAGCGGAAAUGACGUAGUUGAAUGUCCUCUACUACCGCGGAAGUAGUGGUGGUGUUUGUGGUCCAAACAAAUAGCGGUCGAUUUGUAGAACGUUUAAUGAACAAAUGUUUGAAUGUCCAGAAUGAAAGUAAAGAAAGAACUUCAAACGUUUCAUGUAGUUUUUACGUUGCAAAACAUCACCCGCAGCAAUUAAAUUCUAAGAGGCAAAGAAACUAUAACUCGGAGACGACUUCAAGUCCUCAAAUUUCCACUUUUGAGUUGAAUCCACCAUGACAUUUCCUCUCCCUAAACCUCAGACCCCACAGCUUCCUCAACAUCUUUUGCGGACCAUUGACUGUGAACAAGGACCUGUCAGAGCAUGGAUGGUCAGUAUCUGCUCACCUGCGGUGCAGACAAAUCUCUGAAACUGUGGAGCGGCAGCCGAGGGACGCUGCUCAAAACUUACACUGGCCACGGAUAUGAGGUGCUGGACGCUGACGGGUCAUUCGACAACAGUAACAUUUGCACGGGCAGUUCUGACAAGACCGUAAUCCUGUGGGAUGUGGCUACGGGUCAAGUGGCUCGCAAACUACGAGGACACGCGGCGAAAGUCAACUGUGUACAGUUUAACGAGGAGGCCACUGUCAUCUUGUCUGGCUCCUUGGAUGGGACGGUGCGCUGCUGGGACACCAGGUCACGCAACAAAGAGCCCAUCCAAAUUCUAGAUGAGGCCCGGGACAGCGUCAGUAGCUUGAAGGUUUCAAAACACGAGCUGCUUACUGGGUCCGUGGAUGGUCGAGUGAGACGUUACGACCUGAGGAUGGGUCAGCUUCACGUGGACUUCCUCAACAGUCCCAUCACAUGCGUAUGCUUCAGUCAGGAUGGGCAGUGCACGCUCAGCUCCAGUUUGGACUCCACAGUCAGACUACUCGAUAAGAGUACGGGAGAAAUGCUGGGAGAGUACACGGGACACAAGAUGAAGGGAUACAAGCUGGAAUGCUGUCUGUCCAGCAAAGACACUCACGUGCUCAGCUGCUCAGAGGACGGAAACGUCUACUUCUGGGACCUGGUGGAGGGUUGUUUGUCGUUGAAGCUUCCUGUGAGCAAAGCAGUGGUGCAGUCAUUGUCCUUCCACCCUACGCAGACGCGCCUCCUCACCGCCAGCGAGAGCCGCGUACAUGUUUGGUCGGCCGAGCCAGAAGAACCUGAACAAAACGACGACGACGCCGACAGCGCCAUCCCAACGUGAUUUACAGUUUCAAUGCAUCUGGACAUUUGCACUCGUGUCUGUAAAAAAGGUUCACUGCCAAAGGAAGCCACAAUGACAGAUCAUCAAAGAUGCUAAAAAUAGUAGCAGUUUUAUUGGAAAGAUGGAACCUUGGAAAUUUUGAAUGGUCGUACAUGAUCACGUGGCGCGUCAUCCAUUGACAAGGUUAUUUUUUUGUUUUAAAAGAUCCUUAUUUUCCAGAAAUCUUGCCUGUGACUAUUUUUGUGUACAAAGCAUCGACUCCAUUAUGUCAGUGCUUUGUCAUGUCAAUUCAAAAAUUUGAUACGGUUUUAAUCCCUAUUAUAAAGAAAAUGAAAUAGCUGGUAGUCAGGGAUAUUUUUGGACCACUGAACACACCAGAAAAAAACAGAAAAGUAGCCAGCCACAAAAAAAAAAAUUGUUAGCCAUGAUAAUAAACACAUAGGCCCUUUUAACAUCCUAAUAAAUAUACUACUUUAAGUUUUCAGAUGUUAAGUCUUUGACCAUGCUAUCAAAUUGAGUAAACCUCGCUCUACCGUGGUUCAUCCUAUGAGAUUGCUAGUUUUCUUUUCAGCAAUUUAUUUUUUUAAACUAUCGUUUUUGGGGAAUCCAUUGCUCUUCCAUACUCUCAAUGUAUUAUGUUUUAACGCAAUUGUGGUUUACUACAUUUGACAUUACAAAAAAAUAAGUGAUACUACAAAAGCCUCAGGUACUAGAUUACAUAUUUCAUUUGUUGAGAAGAUUGUCAAGACAAAUGGAUGGGGUGGUGGGGAUGAAUGUAGUGGUAGCCACUGAACAUUAAUGUGUUAUCUGGGGUUCUAGAGAAUAGUAAUAUACUGGACUGUCUCA